GCCCUCUCCCAUGACAACGAUGUCUCUCGCUGCAUCACGCGCCGUACUGCGGCACUCGACAUUCGCCGUGCGGCGCGCGGGCAUCCGCAAUGCCUCGUCGACUUCCGAAGCUGCUGGCGCUGCGAAGGAUAAGGUCGGCGAGACGGCAAGCAAGGCGGCACAGGGACUUUCGAGGGUGACGAGCUCAGCUGGCGCGACAUUGAGCAAGGUGGGGAGUGCGACUGCGGGGACGCUGGGGAAGGUUGGGGGACGGACUGGGAGGUUGAUUGGGAGUGUGCAAGCACUGAUUCCGCGCGUCGUCUACUACUCCAAAGUCGGUCUCGAGCUCGGCAAGCUGGUAGCUCAGCAGCGAGGCAUGGCACCACCGAACAUGGCGACUAUCCAAAGUUACUUCAUGCCCGCCCUCAAUACCAUCCGUCACCCGAUGAGCCUGUUUAUCCGAGCGUCCGAAUCCGGCUCUGCACAACCCGUCAAUAUCCUCGCCCGACUCCGGAAUAUGUCUAGGGAACAAUGGCUAUCCGCCGGUGUUGUUACUGCUGAAGUCAUCGGUUUCUUCACUGUUGGCGAGAUGAUCGGACGAAUGAAGCUCGUUGGCUACCGCUCGAGCGCUCCAGCACACCACUAAGCGCAUCGCAAUCGGCAAGCAGAACAGAACUCGAAGCAACGAAGGCGAACUCUUCAUGGAUGAGCGCGGGGACGGAUAAAGAGUGGUCAUCCAAACGCUGAAACCGUAGAUGAUCCGCCGAUUGGCAGCGGAAGGGUUGGAAUUGUGCAGGUG